AAAAUCAGUUUGCAAUCAAUAAUUAAUAUUCACUUUUUAUAGAGAUUGUUAAGUCCAUUAACUAUUCUAAAUCAGAAUGAUCUUAUCGUGUACCUAGUCAUUGUUUCCUUUUCUGAGACUAUUGCGAUUAACUCAAUUGGAUACAAAUCUAUAGUAAUUAAAUUAAAAUAGCUCAUUGAUCAAUUGGCUACCUAAUUAUUUAUAAAACUGAUCUAUAUUAGCAACGAGAAGUUAAUAGUGGAAAAGACUCUGUUAUCUUUUCAUUUUAAAUUAUAGACUUUAACUUACCAUUUUAGUUUAAAAAGUUGACAGGACUCUGGCAAAAAUAAAUUAGAUAAACAUUUGAAUAUUGGCUAAUGUUGUAAAAUAACACUAAAUCUAAUUAUUUGAAGAGAAAAAGAGUGUUUUAUCUUAUCACACAAAUCACCCUAAAUAGUACAUAAAUAUAGAAAAAUCCUACCUAGAGAAAAGCCUACCUGGAUUUGCCAAGUAUUUCGGCGGGCCUAUCCACAUACCCGUGCCCAUGCCCGCAGGACACCUAGGUAAAGCGCCAAAGGCCGUUCGCAUAAACAAUACUGAACAUUUAAGAUUGCUCUAACAGUACUAUAUAGCCCGUAGAUGUCAACGGCAAUGUACAGAAACUUUGUGAAGUCUACUAGGGACGUCAUGUGCGUGGUUUGCUGCUACAAUCCGGACUUGAAGCCGUAUGAUCGACUGCCAAUAGCGCGUUGGGUCAAAGUCAAGAUGACCCUGUACUGUGGCGUGGUAUUACUCUCGCGGUUAUGGAUCUGGUUGGGCAGAUACGGCUGGUGGUUGACGACACAUUUGCUGAGAGUGUGCGAUUUCUAUUGGUCGACUUGGGGUCAGGGCUUUGAGGAAUCCGACGUAGACGGCCCGAGGUGUGAGGUACAAUGUGAAGUGCUAUACGACCCUGGACCCGAGUCGACCCUCAUGGACGUAGUGUUCAUACACGGACUCAGGGGUGACAAAUUCAAGACAUGGAAACAGGGCGUAUGGAAACAAGUAGUGCAACAACCCGAGCCCAUGGUGGUCCGUAGUGCAGUAUCCACGCCCUCUGAAGUGUGCAACCGACUCGAGAGGAUGGCGACUGUGGAAGAGAUCAAAGAAUUUACCAACUGCUGGCCUCGAGAUUGGCUGCCAUUAGACUGCCCGUACGUGCGAGUCAUCACCAUUAGCUACAGUACUGACCCCUACUUGUGGAGACCCAUUUGGCUUAGGAAGUCUAUCAGGAGUCCAAUGAAAGACAGGGGAUUGGAAAUGAUGUCGCUCCUAGGAGACUGCAACGUCGGACAAAAUCCUAUUACCUGGGUCGGCCAUUCUAAAGGCGGAUUGUUCAUAAAACAAAUAUUAGUGCUCGCCAAUCAUAAUCAUCUGACCCAACAAAUCAUAACGAGUACGAAGGGUAUACUAUUCUACAGUGUUCCACAUAACGGCUCUCCCCUAGCCAAUAUCAAGCUGCCGCUAUUCCAGAGGUCCAUCGAAUUACAAGAACUCGUUAACGACACCCAACACAUACAAGGAUUACAGAAAGAAUUUUAUGAAAUUAUCAAUAAUAACGGACAAAUACAAGUGAAGAGUUUUAUUGAGACCAAAUUAACAUUAAUGAAACUGAUUUACUUGAGAAUUGUAUCUGUACAAUCAGCAGAUCCUGGACUAGGAGAUUUGUAUGGCGUGCCGUUAGACCAUCGGAAUAUUUGUAAACCAAAAAAUCGGAACUGUUUCCUAUACCAAGAAUUGGUAAACAUGAUCCACUCUUUUAAAAGACCUGAAUAAUUUUAAACGCUGUACAAAAAUGUGUGCAAUAUCAAACAUUCAAGAAUAAAAAAAAUAAUAAAAAUUGUCAUAUACUUGUAUAUGCUUAGAAAGUAAUUUAUAUUUUAUUAGAUUAUAGACUGACAUUAUUUAUAUAGAUAUUUUUAUGUUUCACGAUAAUAAUAUUUAUCUAAUAAUAAUUUUGAUAGAAAACUAUGGAAUUGUAUUAUUAACUU